UGCAGCCUAGAACACGCAGCGGGCUGCGGCCACUGAACUUUCUCUCCUCGUCGCACCGUCUGUGAAGCCGCAGACGGUUCAGAGACGUCUCGGAGUUAGUUAAUCCUGUUCGCCGGAGCGGCUCAGAUAUCUGCUGCCGCUGCGAUGAGCGCGACGGAAAACCCCGACACCGACUCCAACAAGCUGGAGUCAGUGAUACAGAGGCUGGAGGAGAGUGUUUUGUCUGAGGAGAAGCGGCUGACCGUCCGGGGACCCUCGCCAGACGCCCCCCCUACGUGUCUACCAGCACGAGUACGAGAGAUUGUCACAAUGAACCUCAACGAUACCUCCGGGGCCAUGUCCUCGGUCAUGUCCCUCCAGGAGGAGAACCGGGUGCUGCAGGGAGAGCUGGUGAGGCUGGAGGACCUGCUGGCACACAGCCGAGCCGACCGAGACGAGCUCGCCAUCAAGUACGGUGCCAUUAGUGAGCGGCUGGAGCAGGCGCUACGCUUUGAGACGGGAGACGAGGAUCACGAUUCACUGGAGUCCCGCAGCCUGGCGCAGCAGAAUGUGGACUUACGACGGAGGCUGGACGAGGAGCAGGCGGCCUACAAGCGUAAACUCACUGCAUACCAGGAGGGUCAGCAGAGGCAGGCGCAGCUCGUACAGAAGUUGCAGGCCAAGGUACUUCAGUACAAAAAGCGGUGUGGGGAUCUAGAGCAGAUGGUGCAGGAGCGGUCCUCAGAGUUAGAGAAGCACAAGCUGAGUAGCGCCAGUGAAUCAUCAAAUGGCCGCCAUCAAGACGAGUCAAGCAGCUACCUGGAGGACGCUUUAAUCCGUCUGGAGGAAGAACAACAGAGGAGCAGCAGUCUGUCCGCAGUGAAUGGCAUGCUGAGGGAGCAGCUGGAGCAGGCCGGUUUGGCCAAUGAGGCUCUCAGCCAGGACAUUCGCAAGCUCACCGCUGACUGGACAAAAGCCAGGGAGGAACUGGAACAAAAGGAGUCUGACUGGAGGAGAGAAGAGGAGUCUUUCCACAGUUACUUCAGUACUGAGCACAGUCGACUGCUGAUGCUGUGGCGGCAAGUUGUUGGGUUUCGGAGGCACGUCUGUGAAAUGAAGAGCGCCACUGAAAGGGACUUGUCAGAUAUGCGCAACGAGCUGGCUCGGGCAUCCCACUCUGCUCAGGUGUCGUGUGCAGGUCUGUCUGCCACGCUGCACACCCGGGAGGCCGGAGCAGCUCUGGUCCUGGAGCGGGAGAAAGCUCUGCAGGUUCAGCUGGAGCAGCAGCUGAGAGAGCGAGUGGGAGAGAUGAUGAAUCUUCAGACCCGAACAGACGCAGAGAGAAGUGAGCUCAACGUCAGGCUGUCAGAGUCAGUUCGAGAGGCAGAGAGACUAAAGGGACACAUUGAGGAGAGAGACAGAGAAAUGGUCGCACUGAUGAGGAGGCUUGAGGAGCAGAGUGGUAAUGAUGAGACUGAGAUGCAGGCGAUGAGAGCUCACACGGAGACGCUGUUGGACACCAUGCGGGACAUCGCACAGACGGUUUUGUCUGAUGGAGAGUCGUCAUCGGAGGCCGACCAGGACAACUCUGGGGCUCCGCUGCUGGCGUUGAUCCGGGGUUUCUCCCAUCACCGCUCCUCAUCUUCUCGCAGGUCAUCCCCCUCUCGGGCCUCCUCCCUGGCUCCUCUUUCUGAGGCGGCGUUGUCAGCUCUGCGCUCUGCAGUCACUAACAAGACGCUGCAUCUGCAGGAUGUGCGAGGGCGCCUGCUCUCUGCCCAGUCCUCGGUUCAACAGUUACGCAAGCAGCUUUCAGAGACUGAUUUAGCUAAACGAGAUGCCGACCAGCGAAACCAAGCUCUGCAGAGAGAGAGGGAUGCUGCUCAGAGAGAAAGAGAGACCACACAGAGAGAAAAGGAACGCCUGAAGCAGGAGAGAGACACACUGGCCAGUGAGAAGGUGAGCUUGGAGAAGAACUUGCAGGCAGCACAGAGCAGCAACCAGAUGCUGCAGAUGGACUGUGAGAAGCUUCAGCUGACCGUGACGUCCACUCAGCGAGAGCGAGGUCACGAGAGGGAGGAGAAGGAAGCCGCCACUCAGGAGAGACAGCGGGCAAAGGCAGAGACUCAGAGGAUACAAAAGCAGUGGGAUCAGAGUGAGAGUCGAGCCUCUGCUCAGCGAGGAGAGCUGUCUGCAGUGAAGGAGACUCACCAGCAGGUGGAGAUUGAGCGGCAGCUGCUGGAGCGAGAGAAAGCGCAACUUACUGAAGCACUUGCUCGGGCUGAGGGCAGUAACGCAGAGCUCUCUCUGCUGAUCAACAAGCUGCAGUCUGAGGAUGCAGCUCUCAGGGACUCUCUGGCCAAGAUGGGAAGCAUGAACGAGGGAUUGGCCGAGGACAAAACUGACCUUAACAAUUACAUUCUCAAGCUGGAGGAAGAGAAGGCCAUCCUGCAGGCCCAGAAACGGGAGGCGGAGCAGGAGAGGUUGACCAUCAGAGAUGAGCUGGUCCGGCUGGAGCAGGACCGGCUGGAGCUGGACUCGGCCCGCAUCGCGCUGCACCAGUCGCUGCAGGACGUCGAGCUAACCCGGGUGGUCACGGAUGCAGAGCUGCAGAGUAUCAGGGCCGAGAGAUUUAAGCUACAGGAAAAAGUCACACAGCUUUGUGGUGAGGUGACCUCUCUGGGAUCAGAGCUGACUCUCGCCAGAGGAGAGGCCCAGAGGACGGAGGUGGCUUUAGAAGAAGCCGGCCGUGGUCGAGCAGAACUGGCUCGAGACAAAGCAGCACUGGUGGUCCAGCUGACGGCCUCUGAGAGAGAAAACACUGUUCUGUCAGAGGAACUAACUGCUUUCAGGUCUGAACGGGAGUCGCUGGAAACCAGUCUGUUUGAGGUGCAGCAGCAGCUUGUUCAGGUGGAGUCUCGAAGGGAGCAGCUGGAGACGGAGAACCAAAACCUUCGAGUCCGCUGUGAGACUGCAGCAGCUGAACUAAGGCGUGUUCGCUCGGAUGGGGAGAAUCUGUUGGCCCAGGCUGAGCGAGAGAAACAGGCUCUGACUCAGACUCUAAAUGCUGCACAGCUGGAGGCCCAGCAGGCUUUACGCAAGGCCAUCUCUGAACAUCAGGAGGAGGUGGAGAGGCUGGUCUCAGAAAAGGAAGUCGUGCGUCACAGCCUGCUGAUGGAGCAUGAGGGCACCUUGAGGAGGCUGCGGCAGGAUGCGGAGGAUCAGCUCCACAGGGCAGAGAGAGAAAGCGAGGAGCUGCAGGAUGAACUGAGAAGUCUCCAGCAUGACAGAGAUCAGAGUCUGCUGCAGGCUGAGACGGAGAAACAACAGGCCCUUUCUCUGAAGGAGGCAGAAAAAACAGUUUUGUCUGACAGAGUGUCCGCCCUGCAGACCGAGCUGUCAGCUGCAGCCCUGGAGGCCGAGCGAAUGUCGAGAGAGGCAGCUCAUUGUGAAGAGCAGGAGCAGGUCAGAAUUGGGACCCUGACCAGCGAGCUGCUGGAGCUUCGCUCUCAGCUGGAAGAUGCAGCUUCUGUUCAUGAAAGGGAACUCCACAGUCUACGAGAGACGUGCGCUGAUCUUCAGUCACGUGCUGAUGUUGCUCUCAAAGAGCUGGACCAGUGCAGAGCUUCUCUCUCAGCUAACGAGGAGUGUCGAGACCAGCUGAGGCGGGACGUCUUGGAUAGUGAGCGGCGUCUCAAUCAAACUCAGGAUGCAGCAGAAAACAACAGAAGAGAGGGGGCGGAGCUGCGACGCAGCCUCGCUGACGUCACCAAGGAGAGGGACACACUGGGCCAAUCGAACACUCAGCUGAGAGGAACUCUACGAAGUGCAGAAACGGAGAGAAUCAGCGUGAAGAGACAGUGCGAGGAGAAGGAGCAGAGGCUGGCGGUGCUGGAGGAGAAUCUGUCAUCUAAUCAGAAGGAGGUGACGGAGCUGCGGAGCUGCCUGAGAGAAGUGGAACGGUCACGGCUUGAAGCUCGACGAGAACUCCAGGAGCUCCGCAGACAGCUGAAGGUUCUUGAUGGAGAGAAGGAGCAUAGAGGGAGGGAGGUGGCCGAGCUGCAGACUCGCUUGUCACUGGAGGAGCAAAGAGAGGAGGAGAAGGGGAAAGAGGUUUUCACCCUCAGACAGAAGCUAACUGAGGCUGAAACGGCACGAGACUCCCUCAAGAAAGAACUUUCUGUGACUCAGAAGGGCCUGCUGGAGUCUGAGUCGGGGUGGCGGGGCUGCGAGAGGGAACUGACCGCUCAGCUGCAGGAGGCGCGUGGCUGCGAGAAGAAGAUGCAGGAUGAAACCAAGAAGCUGGUCCUGCGCGCUCAGGCGGCUCAGGACUCUGCCGCUCUGUCCAUCCUGCAGCUGAGCGAGGCCCAGGGCCGCCUGGCCGCCACGGAGGCGGAGCUAACCCGGGCUGAUGCCGGGAGGAGGGACCUGGAGUUUCGUCUGAGCAGCCUUCAGUCUGCACUGACGCGAACACUGGGCAUCGGAGCAGGCGGCAGGGGAGGCAGGGGGAGGAGCCCGGGGGGGAGCUCCACAUCACCAGGAGCCAUGUCACGCCACCACAGCAUCUCCCCGCUGCGCUCCUCCCUGUCGCCUCCUAAAGAAUUCCGAGUAAGCACCCCUGACGAUACUUUAGGCUCUGCGUCGCCUGAGAGGGGGGAGACACCGCUGCCUCUCCCUCAGCCAGAGCUGGACCCCGACACACUGCGAAGCGAUCUGAGAGACUUCCUCCUGGAGCUGCGUGGCGCACAGAGAGAGAGGGAUGAUGCUCUCUGCCAGCUGGGGGCCCUGCAGCGGGAGCUGGAGGAGCUGUCAGGGGAACGGGACUCUGCUCUGGUUCGUCUCACUCACCUGGAAAACACCUUACAGGAAUACCAAGAAGGAAAGCGUGGAGUGGACGAGCGUCUGACCACCACUCACACUUUGCUCCAGCAGCAGGAGGAGAUGGUGAGGAGAGGAGACAGAGAGAGGAGAGCUCUCAGCGACAGGGUGAAGGAUUUAGAGCGAACUCUACAGACCUCUGAAAUGGAUAGAAAACAUACCCAGGAUCAGUUAAAUAAGCAGCGUGCUGCUGAGAUGCGUCUGGAGGCGGAGAAGAGGCGUCUGCGGGAAGCGCUGGAGGCAGCUGAAGCCCGGGCCACCAGGAUGGAGCUGGGGAGGCGCAGCCUCGAGGGGGAGCUGCAGAGGCUCAAACUGAGUCUGGGAGACCAGGAGGCUGACGGCCAGGCCUCCCAGGAGCGCCAUGACUCUCUAGUAAAACAGGUGGCAGAAGGAGAAGCCAGUGUGUCUCUGCUCCAGAGAGAGGCGGAGCGGCUGAGCCAGGCUCUGCUCAAAGCUCAGGAGGGCGAGUCUGUACUCAAUGAGAAGUCCUCUUCCCUCAAAAAGAGCCUGCAGGAGGCUCUGGCUGCUCACAACAGCACACACAGUUGUCUGACCACUCUGCAGAAGACGCUGAGUGUGGCCGAACAGGACAAAAGGCUUCUACAGGAUCGAAUGGAUGACGCCCGGGCAUCGUUGGUGGAGGGGAAAAGGAACAUGGUUGUCCUCACUGAGCGCGCGCAAAGCUUGCAGAGUGAGCUGGACCAGAGCGAGCUGAAACGGGAGGAAGUGGAGGCUGAGCUCAACAACACUCAAGAGGCUCUACGUCAGCGCUCGGCCGGUGCCGCAGAGGCUCAGCGCAGCGCCCAGUCAGCUCAGGCAGAGCGCGCCGCCGUGGAGGAGCGGCUGCGUGGGCUGCAGCGAGCGGUCGCCAUGCUCGAGACUGAGAAAAAAGAUGCUGAGCGGCAGGCUGUGAGGCUGGAGAAAGACAAGGAUGCUCUGAGGAAUACACUGGAUAAGGUUGAACGCCAGAAGCUGAAGACGGAGGAAGGCAGCAUGCGGCUGUCUGCAGAGAAAAGCUGCUUGGACCGCUCUCUGAACUCCACCGAACAGGAGCUGCAGGAAGCACAGCAACAGACACUGAUGCUGCAGCAGCUUCAGAGCUUCCAGUGUGACUGGGCUGGAGCCCGGGACCUUUCACUGGAGGACAAAGCCAUGCUUCAACGGGCCGCCAUCGACCACAGACACUUUUAGUAAUCCGGCUUUAACGUGUUUUUGUGGAGUAUAAAUCAUUUUCCAUUAAGUUACGAGGGAUUUUAUCUAAAUUAGUUUCAUGAGAAAAACAUCACUGUGGCAGCUGUGUCUGAUUUGGCCUCGGCUGCUGGUGCUUGGCAAUCAGUCAGCAGCCGAGGCCACCCUUAUAAAAGCUCCCACUUGAGAGUGGAGGGGGAGAGGUGAGCAGAGGCACGUGUUUUGCUGUCUGGAACAAUAGAAUAUAUUACGAAUAACCAUCCGACUACUCAUUCCAUGGUGCUUGAAGGGGGAACCUACUAGUGACGGCGAGACACAGCUGCCACAAUCACAUUGUGCUCAGUGAAUAUUACAGGAGAAGGCCAGUGUGCCUUACAGAUGGAAGUGAACUGAUAAGUCACAGGACAGUCAGGCGGGACUUUGUUACUGUCAAACAAAUGAUUCAUGUAACUCUCCAAGAUAUUCAUGAAGUUACACCUGAAACUUUGUUGAGGACCCAUAAAUGUCAAAUGAGGUCAGUGUAACUUAGAAAUAACCGUAAGCUCUGGACACAUCUGCUUCGUGUUACGGUCACAAAUAAGCAUUCGAGAGUUGUUUUUCAGUUCUUCUGCAUCUCAUUCUUGAAAGUGCUUCGCUCCAUAAUGUAAAUGUUCGACCAAACACGAUAUUUAUGUGGUUUGAUUUUGCUAAACAAGUCAUAACAUGUUUUUUUUGUUUACCACAUACACAAACAAGCAAAUAUAUAAAGCUACAUUGAGUUUUCUUUGAACUCUGAAAGAGUCAUUAAAGUCGUUUAUUUCAUGCUGGUUUUACAUCUCAGACGAAAGAUCAUUUAACCCCAAUUCAGUCAAACCUCUUCCCAGGAUGCAGAAAUGCUCGUCAUCUUCACCAACGCUCAGGCAUUUGCUAAAAGCUCCUGUGGAACUGAUGUGAUUUGGCAAAAAAAAAGUAACACAAUUCUAGAACUUCAAGGCUAUGUUUGUAAGAACCUUACUGCAACUUCCUUAAUCACUCCUUGCGACGCUAAAGGAUUCAGAUGAACGUGUGAGCCAAUCAAUAUACAGCGUAAACGAUAGAGCCAGAGCUGAAGGUAAAGAAAGAAUUGCACGUUUUGUCAUUUAACUUUGAAGGUCAUGAUGGAGGUUUCUCUGCUCGGGGCCAUCCCCCAUUUGGACCUUCUCCAGACCAUAAACAUCACAGGUGUUAGUUGUGAACAGCAGAUGUAUGAUGUUUACUCAUCUGUAAAGUUAUCUGUUCUUCUAGUUUCAUGGAUAUGUCCACGUUGGCAAACAUGAUUCCUGAAGAAGCUUUCAAAGGAUAGAAACAUUUUCCAUAAAUAAAUGUCUUUAACAAUAUCCAAUCGUUGCUAUUCUCCUGGAGGAUCUUCUGUCCAUCAAUUUCUUGUUAAAGCUUUUUUGCAUGUACAAUUUUCUUCGUCUGACCUCUUAAUAUGUCCUGUAGAUAGCAGACCCCACAAUGUCUUGUAUGGCUUAAUUUCCAUUCUUCCAGAAAGUCUUAGUUAACCCUUGUGUUGCCCGAUUCAAUGUUUAAUGUCGGUGUUCUUUUGGGAGUCAACAAACAAACAUAAAGUACCUCACACUUAAACUUGGAAAACAAUAUUAAUUCUAAUAAUUUUCUGGAGAUUUUAAUAGCUGGGGUCUUAUUGACCUCAAGGGUAAAAUAUGUUAGUAAAUAUAAAGGUAACAGGAGGGUUAAACAUUGAAUCGGGUCAUAUUGACCCGAAGGCAACACAAGGGUUAAGAGCAUUUCCAGAAAACAUAAGUAUAGUUUUUCCUCCCCAGAGUGUUCAACAUGGUUCUUCUGUGUCUGUUUUCGAUCUGGUCUUUUGGGAAGAACCGAACCAAAGUCUCUCCAUUGUUUACUUGUUUUCCACAUCAACUGUCCUGAAAUUCGGUGUGCUGACAAACUUUCCUUUUUGCUAACAUGUUGGACUCUCCUACCUGUUUUGUAUCAACGUGUGUGUGUCCGUGUUUGUGCGUGUUUUGAGUAGACUCAGCUGGCUGAGAUGGAGCAGUCCCACAGUCUGUGUGAGAGUUUGGUGAGGCAGCGUGACGAAGCCCAGCGGGAGGCGGAGAGACUGAG